CCGCCCCACGCUCCCUGACUUCCGGCUACAGGCCUGAGCUCGCGCGUGCUCCUGGGGAGCCAGGCGUGGUGUUCCGCACGCAAGUCUGCACGCGGCGGAAAGAAAUGGAGGACUCCGCUUCAACACCCCCCGCAGCCUCAACCGCAACCCCAGCCUCAACCGCAACUCCAGCCUCGACCUCAGCAACCCCGGACGCACUAGGGCAGCUGGAUGAAGAGCAGACCAGAAAGGCAGUGAAAACUCUGUUGGCGCAUUCCAGAUCCAGGAAAAACGCGAAUGGAUUGCUUUUGAAUGAGAAUGAAAAUUUCUUUUUAAUGGUGGUAUUAUGGAAAAUUCCAAGUAAAGAACUGAGGGCCAGAUUGCCCUUGCCUCAUGGUAUUCGAUCAGAUUUAGCAGAUGUCUGUUUGUUUACUAAGGACGAACCCAAUGUAACUCCUGAAAAGACGGAACGUUUUUAUAAGAAGCUUCUAAACAAGCAUGGAAUAAAAACCAUUUCUCAGAUUAUCCCCCUCCGAACUUUAAAAAAGGAGUAUAAAUCCUAUGAGGCCAAGCUCCGCCUCCUGGGUAGUUUCGACUUGUUCCUUUCUGAUGCAAGAAUCCGGCGGCUCUUACCCUCACACCUCGGGAGACAUUUCUAUAAGAGAAAGAAAGUUCCAAUACCUGUCAAUCUGAAAGCCAAGAAUCUUUCCCAAGAAAUCAACUCCUCAAUAGGUGGAACUGUCUUAAACAUCUCUAAAAGUGGUUCUUGCAGGGAUGGUCUUGCUCUUGGCCAGAAGACUGAUACUGUAGGAGGGAGGAGAGCUCUUUGUCUUAGAGGUGGCAGCUGGGUCAGGGCCGUGGAACUCUUAAGACAGCAAAGCAAGCAACCCUUCCAGGAAUCAUUCCUUUCAAAACAGUCACUACCAGAGGUAAUUGUCCUCAGAAAAGCUGUGGGCUCAUUCCUGGACCUGUUUUCCCUUUUUAGCACUAUCCGCAUCGGUCACACUGGAAUGCAGGUUCAGCACAUCACCGAAAACAUUCUCGCUGUUACGAAAAAGCUUUCGCAGAAAUUGCCAGAGAAGUGGGAGAGUGUGAAACUCUUGUAUGUGAAAACUGAGAGAUCAGUUGCCCUUCCUAUCUUUUCUUCAUUUGUCAGCAGUUGGGAUGAAGCUAAAGGAGUGAGCAUUUCUAGUCUGAAGAAACAAGAAGCAAAGAAAAUAUUAAAACUAAAAGAAAAAACGAGACGAAAGGAGAAGAAAAACAGAAAGCCUAUGAAACGGGGUAGAAAGUCUAUACCAGCCCUACCUACAGAGGAGACGGCCUCUAAAACUUGUGGUUCUCCAGUGAAGGACCCUGGACCCCAGAAGAAAGAGACCCCUAAGCCUGAGAAGAAAGAGACCUGCAGAAUAAAAACCGAAAAUAAAGUGCAAGUUGAAUCUGAAGAAGAAAUCCCAUUGCUAGUCCCAAUAGGAGAAACUCCUGCCAAAGAAAAUGUAGAGGUAUGUUUGCUAAUGUUUAAUAUUCACAGUGGAUUGAUUUAGUGGCCACUGUGUGUCCUACAGGCAUUGCUGAGUGGUGAAUGUAAGAUGGGAGGCACUGUUUUUAGGGAAACC